AUGAUGACGCCUAUGCGUUACGUGGUAUUGGUGCUGGUCAUCAUUAUCAGUCUGCACUUUAUCCUCAGCUUCUCCCAUGAAGAGUACGGCCGCGCAACUUCUCUCUCCCACCUCACCGAACAGCUCAGCGGCUCGAAGCCACACCCUCCUUACCAGGAUGGUGUCGACGAGGACCGCUAUGUGGUACCGUCAAAGCCCCCCAUCCAGUCGCGCAAAGCCAACGCUACCUUUGUGUUCCUCGCGCGUAACGGAGAUCUCAACGGAGUUGUGACCAGCAUGAAGCAAGUUGAGGAUCGUUUUAAUAAGCAGUUCCAGUACCCCUAUGUGUUCUUGAAUGAAGAGCCCUUUUCCGAGGAGUUCAAGGACCGUGUUUCCACCCUCACUGACGCCAAGAUCGAGUUCGGUUUGAUUCCCAAGGAGGAUUGGGUACAGCCCAGCUGGAUCGACGAAGACAAGGCGACUGCUGCUCGGAAAGAUAUGGUUGAACAUAACGUGAUCUAUGGGGGAAGUGUCCCGUACCGCAAUAUGUGUCGCUUCAACUCUGGCUUCUUCUACAAGCAACCGUUGCUCGACAAGUACAAGUAUUAUUGGCGCGUCGAGCCUGAUGUCACAUUUUUCUGUGACCUGAACUAUGAUCCUCUUCUGCUCAUGCAAGACCAGAAGAAGGUCUACGGCUUCACUGUCUCGCUCUAUGAGUAUCCUGCCACGAUCCCAACUCUCUGGGAUACUGUCAAGAAGUUCAUUGACGAAAACCCUGAGCUCGUCGAGCCUGACAACGCUAUGAGAUUCAUCUCUGACGACGGAGGCCGGACAUACAACAACUGCCACUUCUGGAGUAACUUCGAGAUUGGCGACCUCGACUUCUGGAGGGGCGAGGCUUACUCCAAAUUUUUCGACUUUCUCGAUAAGCAGGGCGGCUUCUACUACGAGCGAUGGGGAGAUGCGCCCGUACACAGCAUCGGCGCCGCCCUCUUCGCCAAGAAGGAACAGAUACAUUUUUUCAACGACAUUGGAUACCGCCACAAUCCGUUCCAGCACUGCCCCCAGGGUGACCUGCACAAGAAGGGCAAGUGCUGGUGCAACCCGAAAGAAAACUUCGACUAUGAGUGGUACAGCUGCCUCAAGCGCUAUGACGCGAUGUUCUAG